AUGUCAAAUAAGCUAUAUGAACAAAUUUUACAAAUUAAUACAAAUGAAUACUUAGAAAAUGAAUCAGCAGAAAUCAAUUUUAAGUGUGAUAUUUUACUUGAUAUUAACGAGAAUGAUGAUGAUCCACAAAAAUUAUCCAAAACAAUCGCUAAAUCAUUAGAUAAGGACUAUAAACAAAUUUCAGCUGCACAAAAAAUUUGGACAAAUGCAAAAGUACAAAUUUGUUUGUGGCAUAUUAAGAGAGCUUUAAAAAAACGACUUGCCGAUAAUACGUCUCCAAAAACUAUUACAUAUAGUUCUUAUUCAGUAAAUCAAGUUUUUGAAUUUAUUGAUAUCGAAUUUUACCCAAUAAUGAAUGAAAUUUAG